ACUGGUCCGGCGCGACACCGCACGCAUCCAGCCAUCGCAAAUUGGUUGGGUUGACCGACGCAAGACUAGCUUGGUUGCGACAAUCUCUAUUGCUCCCGAACUCGAGCAAUUGUCCGGACUGCGAGUCUCUGACUCCAAGUCUUCCAUGUUGUCUGCAGCCGUCCGACCGACAACGCAUCUAUUACGCUUCUGCCAAAACACUCGACGCUUCCAGUCGGCAGCAGCGACGUCCUCAACCAUCAACGCAGCCGAGAUUGCCCAUUUUUCCCGGCUUUCCUCACUAUGGUGGAAUGAGCAAGGAGAGUUUUCGUUGCUGCAUCGAAUGAACCCUGUAAGGGUGCGCUACAUCCGGGAAAAACUCAUUGAGGCCAUGUGCGAAGAUCAAGGAGAGGACGCAAGGAGAGAGAUGGAGUCGAAAUGCACGGUGCUGAGUGGAAUGGACGUGUUGGAUGUGGGCUGUGGCGGUGGCUUGCUCUCAGAGAGUCUCACUAGGCUGGGAGCACGUACUCUUGGUAUCGAUGCAUCUGAAUCCAACAUUGGAAUAGCUUCGACACAUGCUAGUGCUGAUCCCCAACUGUCUUCUUCGGGCAGUGCAUUGGAAUACCGUCAUACGUCUGCAGAGCAGCUGAUUAAAGAGCCAAAGCGGUUCGACGCCGUGUGCUCGAUGGAGGUUAUUGAACACGUAGAUAACCCGGUGGCGUUCCUUUCUGCUUGUGCCCAGUUGGUGAAAGUAAGCCAUCUUUUCCUUUCCACAAUUGCGCGAACGCCACUCUCCUAUUUCCUUACAAUUUUGGCCGCCGAACAUAUUCUCCGCAAGGUAUCCGUGGGGACCCACACGUACUCAAAGUUCAUUAAUCCCUCCGAGCUUGUAUCAUUCUUCCAAACAUAUGGGUCCUCGCCUUCCUCCUCCAGCAAUCCAACAGACUCAAGUCAUAUCGGCUCUAGUGCAUCUCCCAGACCGUGGAUAACACGUACGUAUGCACACGGUCUGCCCACACGAUCAGAAGCGGAAGUGCGAGGAAUGAUGUAUAUUCCAUGGAGCGGAGAAUGGAAGUUGAUGUCCCGCUCUUCUACGCCCUGGGGUGCUGCAGAGUGCAACUAUCUCUUUUGGGUCAGGAGACCCUUGGAUUCGUAGCAAGAGAUUCGCAACCUAAAUAUAUGAUGUUCCACAUCACCCCUGCACGCAGCGCUGCAGAU